AUGAGUUUGCAGGUACGGUCUACUGCAUUUGCAUUGUUCAUGUCUGUAAAAUUUGUUCAUUUUCUUCUUUGCACAAAGUUCAAAGUAGUGCAUGUCUUUGUGCCUGUGGGGAUGUUAAUGCAGCCACAAAUUCCGCCUUCUUCCUCCAUUGGUAGGAAAUGCGACAAAACAAACACCAGACUACACUAUAACACGCUCCUCACCACCAAUAAAUACACCGUGCAACACGCAUCUCAUGUUCAGCUGUGGUUUGUUGUUGUGCGUACUUUGUGUCCAGACUUCACAUGGUGUAAUCAUCUUAACUAGGAUUUGCUCUGCAUCCCAUGUUUGUAAAACUGUAGUUAAAACCAAACAGUUCCAUUUCCCUUCUAAUCAAGUUUUGCAUAUAGAUCAGCCAAGCUGUGAAACUGUCAGAGAGCGAGGUGAGGAAGUUGCGUUGAUCUCUGCUGCGUCACCACCUUACCACUAUACUAACAACAGGAAGAAACACUGCAGCAUUUGGGCCAGUUAAACCGCUGUACUUGGUUUUACACACUUGGUUUAAGUUGUCUUGCUUCGUCCAGUGCUUUUUAGGAUAGACUUCAAUCUGUGCAUCAUUUUCAACUCUGUUCUCUGCUUGUACCUCAGUGGCUGUUGGGGUUUGUGGGUGUGGGGGUGACUGAAGCUUUGGGGCAGAUGGCCCUCAGUGUGUAGUUGAGAAGAAGAGGCAUUAGAGACCAGCAGUGGAGAACAGUGGUAAGGUGAAGCGACCAGAACUAUGGGAUGCUGCAGUGUGACCCAGAGGCACAUGGGAACUGAUGAAGUGGGGCCUGAUGAGAUUGAACUCAUGGAAGUCGGCAAUACAGGGCUCUGGAAUCUUGCUGAAAGCCGGCUCCAGAUGUCCAUAAUGAAUGACAACAAUGAAGAUCAUCAUCACGGUCUUCAGAUUUCCACAGUGAAUGAAAAAGAUAAAAGUAUUUAUCACUGCCUCUCUCUAACAAACAUAAAGCAAGAGAACCCAGAUCCUGCACAGAUGCUGACACAACACUCCAAUUCACAACUUGUGCUUUGGGGAUGGACAAAAGACGAAAUCCAUCAUAGGCUGUACACUCAACCAAUCAGAGAAUGGGAAGGGCGGGCACCACAUACAUAUGGAGACAUUAUCUAUUCAUCUUCUGUGUAUUUACACGGUGGAUACACAAAGGUUAUGAGUGAACGAUAUCUGGUUUUAUUUUCCUUCCAUUUGUUAAUCCUGGCUUUGGACAGCAUUAAUCAUGAUUUUAUUUAUGAGGGCAUUCUUCCUCUUUCUGCCAUUGAGGUGCAUCUGAUCUCUCCACAGGACCCUAAUUCUCCACAUAUGUUUAAAAUUAGCGGACCUAUGGUGGACUCAAAGAUCUUCAUUUGUGCCAAUUCUGCCGAAACAAAAAUCUGGAAGCAGAACAUUGAGGACAGGAGAUACAAAUGCCAAAGGCAGCAGCUGAGCCCCUCCCAUAGUGCUCUUUCGUAUCUGGUACCAUGUGAUGAGAACUGGAAAAAGGAGGAGCUUAAAAGAUACUUACUGCGUUCUCCCAUCUUGCAAUGGGAGGGGAAUCCCAUUCAACAUAUGGGCUAUCCAAAAUACAUUUCAUUGGUGCACAUCAGCAGUGUAUACUCAAAGGAGCCGAUCCUGCAGGGACCUCAGGAACGUCUGCUUGUGCUGUUUCCAAUUGACCUCCUCAUUCUGUCCAUUGACUGUCAGCGUGUACGUGUGAAAUAUGAGGGCCGAUUACCACUAAAAAGCAUCAAGGCUCGGGAAAGGUCUGCUCUACCUGGCAGGCUGGAGUUUGAACUCACAGGCAAACUGAUGGAGCCUCUUUUAGUCUCCUGUACUUACCCUGAGGAUUAUCAAAACUGGAUCUUCCAGUUGCAACAGCCUGAUAAAGUGACAGAUUCAUUGCCACAUCACACCCCUCCACCUCUCAUACCGAAAAAGCGCAGAAGCUGAGGAAAAUAUGAAGAUUAAAAACACAAAAUGACUGUGUUCAGUUUCUUCGACACAUCAAACUCUCCCGUCAUUCAUUUUGACAAAUGAAUGCUGUUGAUGGAAAACAGACCUUGACUACUGUGUACUGCAUUUUACUCGCAAGCCCCUUCUCAGCACGGUUACUAAAAUAACUGUGCAGAUAUUUCUGUUAGAUAAUAAUUAGUACAGUUUCCAUUUUUUUUAAAUGAGAUCAAGCCUCACACGCACGCGUUACAUACGUUGUAUGAAAUGCAGAAUGUUUAAGUGAGAUAAUAAAUGACUUUAAUUAGACACGCAUGUCUGGGCUCGGAGCGCUAUGUCUUAUCUCUCAACUUCAGCAUCUUUUUUCAUUAGCUGGAAACUGUUCAAGGGUUUUAAAGCUGGAAUAGCCGUAACAAAUACAUGAUCCUCUUUAAAUGAGUUGCAGUAAAAAAAUGACAUUUACGGUUUAACUGCACCUUUGAAAUCUCUAUGAUUUGCAUCCAAUAAGCCAAAAGUAUAAGCCUUUAGGUUUACUGUGUAGCUGUUCAGGACCAAGCUGUAUACAAAAUAUUACACAUCAUGCACAGAUAUUUCUGCCAGGUUGCAGUUUUUCUUGGAACACAGCCUAAGUUUUGAAGGUUUCUGAGGUUUGCACCCACAUGUCUGUCAGUGACUGUUUAUAGAGCUUUAUAUUUGUGAAUGUCCUCAUUUUUGUCAAAGAUGAACAGGAAACUUAGUAAAAACAAAACUUUGUGUUUUGUUGUAUCUUUUAUAUUUAUUUCUCCAAUUUUUAUUGGUCAACCACAAUGAAUGUCCAAAAAAAGAAUGGUAAGGUUUUUGGUAUGCUCUUAAAAUUUUAAACACUGUUAGCUAGUUUACAAUUAAAUAC